GUAAAUAUUGCUUACCUACGUAGCUAAAGUAUAGCUUAACAUAGCUACAAUAUUUACAAAUUCAUCAACUUGUAUGCGACAAACCGCAACUCAAUUUAGUAAACAUUGCAAAUUUCUAUACAAUCCAUACCAAAUGCGAUAGCAAUCAUUGUUUCAGUUAUUAGUUACUAUUAAACAAGUACGGUCAAAAAAUGUUAAUAUUAUAUUUUACUUUAUUGUUAAAGUUCGCUUUUGCAGCGCAGCCACAAUGUACAGUAGCUGAUGUAAAAAAUUUGCUGGAAGGUUGUGAGCACCUUACAGGUUUAAAUAUCACCAGUGUUGGUGGUACAAUGGUUAAUGACCAUAAUUGCGAUGUCUUACUUCCAAAGCAAGUUUUUCUUGAAGAGCCUUUAUUUCAAUAUCCUCUUGCUGAUUCGAAAAAAUUCUACACGAUUAUUAUGGUAGACCCUGAUGCUCCUCCUCAGUUGGACGGAGAGUUCUUCUUACACAUGUUAAAAUCGAAUAUUCCGGGUCUUGCUCUAAAAGGAAAGGAAAGUGUAAAAACUGUGGGAAUUGACUAUAGAGGGUAUAAGCCACCAACUCCACCUCGCGGAACAGGCCCACAUCGCUAUAUAUCUCUAUUGUACGAGCAAGCCGACGGAAAUAAUUUUUUGCCUUCAGUGCCAUCUAGCCGCAGUCGAUUUACUUUAGCAAACUGGCUUCGGGGCAAAAACCUUUGUGGACCAGUCGCUGGAACACAGCUCCGAAUACAAUUCUAGAUGGCUUAAAAGGAAAAUUAAAGAAGUACACUGAUUAUUAACUAGAGGGCAUUUUGUUACACCGAUCAAAUAAUGCACGUCCAAUAGAUAACUUCAAGAGCAAAGUAAAAUCUUGUUUUUUCUUGAUUUGUACGUAAAUGACUUGCUUGACGGGUAAA